AUGAACAAUGAUGACCGAGCGAAGCCUGUCACGACCGCUCUUCUCUCCGGUGCAGCUGCGGGCCUCUCUGUAGACAUUCUCUUCUUCCCCAUCGACACCGUCAAGACGAGGCUACAGUCCAGUCAGGGCUUCUGGUCAUCGGGUGGCUUCAGCGGCGUCUACAGAGGCCUCGGUUCAGUCGUCGUCGGCUCAGCACCAGGAGCUGCCUUCUUCUUUACAAGCUAUGAGACACUCAAGACCCGUCUGCCUCAUUUGCCCGGCUGUGACGGCCUUCGGCAUGAAAGAGGCCAGCCUUUGCUGCACAUGUUGGCCGCAAGCGGCGGCGAGAUUGCAGCUUGUCUGAUUCGGGUACCCACCGAGGUGGUCAAAUCGCGAAGUCAGGUCUCCCUUUACGCCGAUGGUCAGAAGCAACAUCAAGGCUCCCUGUACGCCUUACGGCAGGUCAUUGCGCAUGAAGGCGUUCGAGGAUUGUAUCGAGGUUUCGGCUCGACCGUCGCUCGAGAAAUACCGUUCACUUGCAUACAGUUUCCGAUGUAUGAACGACUGAAGCUUGCGCUUGCCAAGCGAAAGACGACGAGCGGCUCGGUUCAAGAUCUGUCUCUGCAAGCUACGGCCUUGUGCGGCAGUCUAGCCGGCUCCGUCUCUGCUGCACUUACCACGCCCCUCGACGUUGCGAAAACGCGCAUCAUGCUCAGCCGGCGAAGCGGAUCUGCAGUCCCGAGUGAACAAGUCUAUUCGAGUCAGAUCUUGCCCACAAUACGGCGCGUCUACACAGACGAAGGCCUGGCUGCACUUUUCUCGGGCGUCGUGCCGCGGACACUGUGGAUAGGCUUAGGCGGUGCAGUCUUUCUAGGCGUGUACGAAGCCUCUUGUAGGACACUUGCAUAG